AUGUUUUAUUUACUAAUUUUAUGCAGAUGUAUUUCAGAUACACUAAAAAAUUUAGUCUCUUUGUUACAGGACGAUACUAUUGCAGUAAAAACUUUAGAUACUAUAAGCAAUACACAGAUAGAACAUUUAAUCUUUAUUAUUGAUAACACACAACAAUUAAAAAAAAGAAACGUUAUUAUGUAUUUGUACGAUGACAAGGUAGCAAUUAAAAUUAUUGAUUCUAGUGAAACUACAAAAAAAAUUAAAAAAUGCACUAUAAGCCAGAACGUAUACAAUUUUGAAAAUUUUACUGAAUCAAUGGCAGGUGAUUUUGCUACGUUUUUUAAGAUUCAAGUUUCAAGCCAAAUAGAUUUUGAAGAUUAUGACUUAUUUAUUGAUGUAUGUCCAAAAAAUAAUGAAUUCUCAAAAUUAGAUAAAAUACAAAAGAUUGAAAUUUUAAUAAUUCGAUCUAUAUGCCUAUCUAAACACAUAAUGAUUCGACCUAUAAAUAUGUUUAUAAAAUUAUAUUAUAAUGAUAAGUUAUGGUUUGUAAAUUUUUACAAGCAAUAUAUUAACAGUAAAACUUUUGUUUAUUUAAUGGAUCCAAAAUCUGAUUUUAUUAAUAAUUUGUUGUGUCAGAGAAAUGGUGCUGAUUGUGUAGAUAGUCUACAAGAUAUUAAUCAACAGGAAGAUAUAUUUAUUUUAAAUAUAAUUAAAGAAAUGAGAAAUGAUUUUGAAGUAUGUAAAUUAAAUUUUGAUAUUUUAUUUAAUUCGGAAAUUAAAUUUAAUAUAAAAAAUUAUCCUGUUAUUUCAUAUAGUGUAUAUAUAAAUAUUAUAUACUCAUUACAACAGAUUACUAAAAGAAAUGAUCUCAAAAAACUAAAAAAUAUAUUAAAUAUUAAUUUAGAAGAUAUUUUAGAGUAUAAUUAUCUUAAAUUUAAUAUAACUAAAUAUAAAUUAAAAGAUGCAUUUGAAGUUCUAAAAGAUAUGAACUCUAAAAUGUUACUAUUGAGAAAUGCUUAUUUUAUCGAUCUAGAUGACGUAUCAAGAUAUUUAAUCGGUCAAAUUAGUCGAGAAUUAGAGGACAAAUAUAACUUUUGCCUUUUUUAUGCUUUUUCUCAUGGCAAAAAAACAAGGAAGAAAUUGCGCAACGAUUUUUAUAAUACUAUUAUGCAAAUAUUUAUAUCUCUGCGUGCAAAAAUAAAUUUAUGUUUUUACAUUUUAAACGAAAAACAUAAUGCAGCUUCUUAUGAAUAUUUUAGUGAAGCUAUAUCUAGACUAGAACUUCGUUCGUAUAGUUUAAGUAAUUUAAAAAGAGAUUUUGAUAUUUUAAAAGAUGCACAAGCUUCUUUUUUAUGUAAAGACACUGAAAGAUAUUUGUAUAGUGAGGAAAUAUUAAAUUUUCUGGCUUUAUAUUCUGAUUUCGAAUAA